AUGGACAAACCUGUUUUUGUCAGUGGCAUUUCUGGACCCUCAGUCACCUUAGAGUACAAAGCUCUAAAUAUCCCCAUUACUCUUGGCGGAAAGCAAUUUAUUAUUCCCAAGAUCACCUGUUUUCCUAAUAUGCAUGGUGAUUUCAUUCUAGGCACAAAUUUUCUCUUUAAUUACAUGCCCAUUACCAUCUUACCUCGUGCCUUCCGAAUACAACAUCCUACAGGCAUAGUUGAUCUCAAACUACUUUCUUCUCAUUCUUAUGUUUGUGAUAAAGGUUUCACCCAAGAGCCUAUCAUCGUUUCUGUCAUAGACCAAAAACAUUGGAUUUAUGAUAAGCUUAAACCCAAUUUCAGUAAUAAUCCCCUGCUACUUUGGGAUAAAAGCCCUCGGUUUUGCUCUAUUAAGUUGGAUCAUCCAUUUAAGAUUAUCCGAGUUAAACCAAUUCUGUACUUUAAAACUGAUAUUGAGGAAUUUGACAAACAGAUUCCUAAAUUACUUAGGUAUGGAUUAAUUGAACCCUCAACUAGUCCUCAUACCUGUACGGCAGUUAUGGUACGCAACCAUGCCGAGAUCAAGCGUGGUAAAGCCCGCAUGGUUAUUAACUAA